UCUUCCCUCUCUCUCUCUUCUCUCUCUGUCUCUCUUCUGGUUUUUCAUAUAAAUAAAUCCUUUGUUCUGAAACUUCUUUCCAAACAACAAGCUUGGCUUCCUCUUCUCUUCCCAACACACAAAAACAGAAAAAAGAAAAAAAAAGAAAAAAAAAAAGAGAAAAGUAACAUGAAAAACAUAAACCAAGCGAUAAGUGCACUGGGUGGCGGAUCUUCUGACAACAGAAGCAAUAAUUUCGGUGUGGAAGUUCCGAAAUUGAAGUUUGUUCAAGCUCCUCCUCCUUUCCCCACGUCCCCCUCCUCUUACCUCUCCUCUUUCGCCUCUGCUUUAACCCCCACUGAGCUCCUCAAUUCCCCUCUGUUCUUCUCCUUUGGUGUUUUUCCGUCUCCUACUACUGGCGCCUUCAACUCGAGAAAUGAUGGUCAAGGAAUGAAGGGGGGAGAUGGGAAAAAUUACUCUGAUUCUUCGCUUCCCCAUCAAACAGGAUCCUCUGUUUCGUCUUCUUUAUCAACUUAUUUUCAGUCCUCGUCUUCUUCCGACGCGACUCCACUGAACGUAGGAGCGAAAGCUGAAUAUUUUGGCGCGGUUGAAAGCGGCUCGGAAAUGGCGGUAGCAGAAACAAGGCCAAUUCCAUUGCUGCCUGUUUACAACAGAGAACAGCAGCAAAAAUCAGAGAACGAUGGGUACAACUGGAGAAAAUAUGGGCAAAAACAAGUGAAAGGAAGCGAGAAUCCAAGGAGUUAUUACAAGUGCACUUUUCCAAGCUGCCCAACCAAAAAGAAAGUCGAAAGAUCUUUGGAUGGGCAGAUUACUGAGAUUGUUUACAAGGGAAGCCAUAAUCAUGGCAAGCCCCUGCCGACAAAACGUUCCUCCAACUCCGGCAUUUACGAUCCGUCGUCAGGGGCGGCGGACUCCGCCGUGUUGCAGGAUGACUCCUCCGUCUCCAUGGGGGACGAUGAAUUGGAACCCAAUUCGCCGUUUAGCAACUCGCUCGACGACAACGAAAAUGAACCGGAAGCCAAAAGAUGGAAAGGGGAAAACGAAAAUGAGGGAUUUUCUGGGGGUGGGAGCAGAACGGUGAAAGAGCCAAGAAUUGUGGUUCAGACAACCAGCGAAAUCGACAUAUUGCCUGAUGGCUAUAGAUGGAGGAAAUACGGACAAAAAGUAGUCAAAGGAAAUCCAAAUCCCAGGAGCUACUACAAGUGCACAUCUUUGGGCUGCCCUGUGAGGAAACACAUCGAGCGGGCGGCUAACGACAUGAGGGCCGUAAUCACCACCUACGAAGGCAAACAUAACCAUGAAGUUCCGGCGGCCCGUGGCAGCAGCGCCGGCGGCGGCGGCUAUAAUGCCGUCAACCGACCCGUACCCACCAACCACUUCACCAGUAUUCCGUUGCCGGUGAGGCCGUCCGCCGUCGUCAGCCAUCCUUUCCCGGAAAAUUUGGCUGCCUCGUUCCGGCCGGCGAGUUUCCCCACAUCGGGAAUUGAAGCACAGGAAGCAUUCGCAUUUGGUACAUCCCAGCGAGUGCCGCCAAGUUUUCAAGUUACAGGAUUUGGAUCCGAAGCCCAGGAAGAAGCCAAAGAUGACAUAUUCUUUGACUCAUUUCUGCCUUAGAUUAUACAAUAACCGACCCAUUAGAUACUUGAAGGAAGUUUUCUUGUUCUUUUUUGUAGCUUUUGUAAAAUUAGUAGGGGGACAGGGACUAGACUAGAAUAGAAUAUAUAGAAAAAUUAACUCUAAAAAAUUUGUCGAUUUUUGUAUCGAAAUGUCACUGGUGUUUGACUCUCAAUAUUAUACACAUUGCAAUAAUGACUCAAAUCAAAAUUACAAA